CACUUCUCUCGCCAAAUUAUGACUAUUUUUCGUAAUUGCUUUGCAAAUCAGGCCGUAACACGGGUAACAGUCCGCGGUCCGUUUACUGCCGGCUACUGUGUACUUUAUUCCAUCAUUUGAACCACUUUGCUAACGUGUAACGUUAUCAGGCUAUCAAGUUAACGUUAGCCAAAACAGCUAACGUUAAUGCUAAAGUAACUUCAGCUGGAUAACGAUUCACAACAAGACUGAGCCAUAGGCGGCUUUAAAUGUGUUUUCAGACCGGUGUGAAAGUGGAAUAGUGUUCAUACACAGAGGAAGAUGCCACGCUUGCAGUCAGGUGUUUGGAAGCAUUUCACCCCAGCUAUCAAAGAAGGGAGGGAAACCUUCAUGUGCAACUACUGUUUAAAGACCUACACAAAGAAUGCUACCAAGAUGCAGAUGCAUUUGGACAAAUGCAAGGAGUACUCUGUGAUUUUGCAGCAGUCACCAGGCCCAGAUGGGAGCUCCUCUGCCUCCAUUCCUGUUCCCUCCUUCUCGUUCUUACCAUCUGCCACUCCUGGGGGACAGUUCCUUAUUGAUUCAGUGGAUCAGCGCAGCCAGGCACAUGCUGACGAGUGCCUGGCAAGAGCUGUGUAUGCCACUUCGUCACCCCUCACUCUCACUGACAAUAUUUAUUGGAAGCGAUUUUUCAGCGUGCUCCGGCCUGCUUACUGUCCGCCCACCAGAGAACUUUUGUCCUCUCAUCUCCUGGACUGUGAGUAUGACAGAGUACAAGGCCAGGUCCUUGAGGCCAUAGGGAGAGCGGACUGUGUCACCAUCGUCUGCAGUGGCUGGUCUACUGUGAAAGAAACCAGAACGAUCAUUUAUGUUGUUGCAACCCCUGUACCACUGUUCUACAAACGUGCAACGACAAAGGAGCAGACGUACACAAGCACUUUUAUUGCUGAGGAACUUAAAGAUAUUAUAAAUGAAGUGGGACCACAAAAGGUCUUUGCCGUUGUCACUGACAACACCCCGGAAAUGAUGGCGGCUUGGGCUCAAGUAGAAGAAGCCUUCCCGCACAUAUCAGCUAUUGGCUGCACAUUGUGUGGCGUCCAGCAGCUCUUUGAUGACACAGUUGCAACGCCGUCUAUGACGGUUCUGUGCAGGAGAGCUGAGCAGGUGGUGAGGUAUAUUAAAGAGCGGAAACUACUAGCAGAGGCCUUUAGAUGCUGGCAGACUACAAAUAUAAGAAACCACACUGCUAAUGGGACAACCUUGGUACUGCCUAUAAACUCUGACUGGACUGGUGUGGUUAACAUGUUCAGCAGCCUCUGGAGGGUCAGAACUCUUUACAAGAGAUGGCCAUCUCACCCACACUGGAUAUUGAAGCAUCCAUCAGGGCCACGGUACAGGAUGCAGCAUUUUGGAAAGGAUUAA